AUGAGCUCCUUGACUUCUCUGCUGCUGCUGCUGUUCCUCUGCGCAUUCCCAUUUGGAGAGACAGUGGAGAAAUUCACCCCCAUUCAGAACCCCAGAUUUUCAGGAAGGCGGUCUCGGCAGCUAGCCAGCCUGUUGGAGCAGACCCCGGGCCUGUGGGAACCUGUCCGGGAGCGGACUCGGGGCCAGUGGGAGCGGACCCCGGGCCAGUGGGAACGGACCCCUCCGUGUCUGGACAAGAAGCCCGGGCCAGAGGCAGCUGAACAGACCGCCAGGUUGGCCCUGCUCUGCCCGCCGGAGGAGUCCCCGGGCCAGGUGUGGCGAGGGCUCUGCCCCACCCAGAGCCAGCUGGUGACGGGCCCCCAGGGCGGCAUGCUGGUGGAGCAGGAGAAGGACCUGUCCGCUUACAACUGGAAUUCCUUCGGCUUGCGCUAUGGGAAGCGGCACGCGGGCGUGCUCAAGGCUCGGCUGAAGAUCUGGUAGAGGCCGGCAGG